AUGAGCCUUUUACUUUGUAGGGCAGGGUCCUACGGGACCGCAAUACGAUCCAGUCUGUCGUUCAUAUCUUUCCCUGGUGGAAUCUCCAGGCGAUGUUUCAGCCGUACUUCCACACCAAUGGCGACUUCCAUUUUUCCAUCGGGAAUGUCUGCUCCAAUGGGCGUCAUCCACAAGGAACUAACAGGAAUGGCUCUUGGCUCCCUCAGGCACACAAGAUUAUUUUCGACGUCAUUUAUUGCGUUUGAGGCACAUAAUGAAAAACAUAGUGAGUUGAUAGAAUCUCUCAAAAAUUCAAAUUCACUACUGAAGCACUUGGAACUAAAUUCCAUUCGGAAACGAGAUAUAAAAGAGGAAGAGAGGCAGAAACAAAGAAAACAAAAACAGAGUUUCAAACAAAACUUUCGUACCAUAGGAAGAAUAUUGAAACUAGGUCGGCCUGACUUGAAGCUUUUCUUGCUCGCAUUACUGUUCAUUCUUUUCGCGGUACUCUACCCUACAUCGCUAGUAAAGCUUGUAGGAGAAGCCAUCGAUGCCUUCAAUAACAAAACGUUCGAUGAAGAUGGCGAUCUUCUCAUUUGGGGCUAUAAAUACUCUACAAUCUUCACUGCCAUGGUUCCCUUCAUGGUAGUACUGGCUAUAUGUUUCUGGGCACGUAUAUGGGUCUUGAAAGUGUUGGGAGAGAGAUUGGUAGCAAGGUUGAGACUUCGAGUAAUGAAGCACUUAUUGCGUCACGAUGCUGCAUUUUACGACCAAGAAAAGCACAAAGUGGGAGAUUUGAUUUCCAGACUUUCCAGCGAUGCCUAUGUGGUGUCGAGAUCCAUAACCAGCAAUCUACCUGACGGUAUGAAGAAUAUCUUGUUCGGUAUCAUCAGCUCUUACAUGAUGUAUCAGAUCAACCCCAUUUUGUUUGGAGUAAUGCUUUUGAUAUCUCCUCCUAUUACCAUAGGGUCUGUUUGGUAUGGUGAAAAGAUCCGUCAACUUUCAACUCGAUUGCAAAAUGCCACCGCGGGCUUGACGAAAGUUAGCGAAGAGACACUCAACGCAGUGAAACUUGUGCAAGCUUUCAGUAGCGAACCAAAGGAGCUUUCAAAGUACUCUGACCAAGUGCGUAAUGUGAUCAAGAUUGCACGAAAAGAAGCUUUAGCACAAUCCAAUUACCUGGUAUCCAUCUACAGUUUAUAUCAUACUGGAUACUUGUCAUGCAUUGCUUUGGGUAUGUACUUGAUUUUGCAGGGCAAGAUGUCAACUGGUGAUGUCGUUGCCUUCACGAUGUACCUGGAGUUUUUCAAUAUGGCCCUUUACAGUCUAACGACCACUUAUAUGGAGUUGAUGAAAGGUGCUGGUGCUGGAGUCAAGCUUUUCAAUUUAAUUGAUUACCAUGACGAUGUGAAUCCAGUCAAGGGUACACGGGUACCUUCAAACCUUGCGAAAGAUAUCGAGUUUCGUGAUGUUGUAUUCAGUUAUCCUACUAGACAACACAACAAAAUCUUCCGGGGUUGUUCUUUUAAUGUUCCAGCAGCAUCGAGUACUUGCUUUGUAGCACCGUCUGGAUGCGGGAAAUCGACAAUUGCACUCUUGCUUUUGCGUUCUUAUAACAUUGAAAGGGGACAGAUAUUGAUUGGAGGUAAAGACAUAAAAGAUUUUCAAAUUCGUGACUUGAGAAGGUCGGUUAUUGCAAUUGUUCAACAAGAACCGGUACUUUUAUCGGGAAGUAUUCUCGAAAAUAUCGUCUACGGGUUGACUCCUGCCCAGAUAAAUCAGCUCACCAUGGACGAUGUGAUAGAAGUUGCAAAACAAGCCAAUUGCCAUGACUUUAUCACUGCACUUCCAGAUGGAUACGAUACGUUAAUUGGCUCCAGAGGUGCUUCUCUCUCCGGAGGACAAAAGCAGCGAGUGGCCAUCGCCAGAGCGUUGAUCAAAAAGCCUGCUAUUCUCAUAUUAGAUGAGGCUACUUCUGCACUCGAUUCAAAGCUGGAAAGUCUUAUUAACAACACUCUCAAGAAUUUGACUUCAGAAGGAAAAAUGACAAUUAUUUCUAUUGCUCAUAGACUUUCUACCAUUUCCAAAUCCGAGAAUGUCAUAGUUCUCGGUAAGAAAGGUAAGGUGGUUGAACAAGGAAGGUUUGUGGAACUUUUCAGUGAUCCCAACUCGGAGCUUUCGAAGCUUUUAGAUGAGUCAAGUACACAAAAGAAGGAAGACGACGAAAGAAAUGACGAGCAAGAGCGUCUAGACAAGGAAGCCAAAGAAAUCGAAAUGCGCCAACGUAUACAACGGGGAGAGAUCGAGUUGGUGAGAUCUUUGAUAGCUGACUUACCAUAUACUUCCAAGACAGAACUCGUGAAGCAGAUGGGAACAAGAAUUAGCGGAAGAAGAGGAAUCUUACGAAAAAGAGGAGCUGACGUCUCAAGCGCCAUAACUUGUAUAUAUCAAAACAUAGAGACAGCAAAUAUAUUCAGACAGCAAUACUGA